AGAGUCCGGUGUCGACUGUCCAGAGCGAUGCGUGGAUCGGAAGGCAUGGUGGAACCCACAGAAAACCUGCGACUGGCUGAUGGCGUGGCAGUCGGGCGGAGCCUCGUUCAAGCGGGGGAGGAGUUAGUUACGGUGUUGGUAGCUAAUCUCUCUGAUGAGGCUCGGAAGGUGCCCGCUGGGGCCAAGCUGGGCACUUGUGAGGAAGUGGAGCGCCCUGCAGAGACGUCGGGGAGCGCAGAGGUGGCUGCUGUGAGGUCGCUGCCCAACUUCCUGGAGGAUUUGGCUCACUGGAGUGCCGCUAACCUGACGGAGGCGCAGACGGAGAAGGUGCGCCACACCCUGGCUCAGUACGCGGACCUAGGCCGCACGGGGUUGGUGAAGCACAUCAUCAACACAGGAAGUAGUGCGCCCAUCAAGAGCCCGCCCCGACGUAUUGCACCAGCCAGGUGGGAGGAGAUGCAGCGCACCGUCAAGGAGCUGGCAGCGCAGGGGAUGAUUGAGCGAUCGGACAGUCCGUGGUCAUCAGCGGUAGUCCUGUUCUUCUGUCUGUCUGUCUGUCUACUUCUGUUCAUACGUGGCAGUUUUUUCACGCGGCGUGAAUUUCACGCCUGAUGCUGCGCGUGUGUCUGCUAAAAACGAAGCGUGAAAUUUCACGCCAAAGUUUAGCUUCCAAUGGUGUUCAAUGCUUUCUUUCACACUCGGCAUGUUUUGUCACGCCGCCACCUGGCAGUACAGUUCAGGCAGCGGGUAAUGUGGACGUGUGCAUCUCCCGUACUGAAUGAAAAUCUACAAUAGAUCAAAUGAUGACUGCAAUUAAUAGCGAAUCCUUAAUAACGGCUGUUGAAAAACAUCCUGCAGUAUGGGAUACUGCCUGUACCGACUACAAGGACAGGCAAAAGAAGGUCAAUGCAUGGAGAAGUAUUUGUGAAGAUGUUGUGGAAAAUUUUGCAGAUAUUGAAGAAGACCGAGCUAAAAAUUAUAUUGCUAAAAAAUUCAGACGAAAUGGAAGACCCUGCGUGAUUCUUUCAGGAAAACUCAUUUUGCAAAUAAACAUGCUCCAUCAGGAUCAGGCGCAAAGAAAAGGAAUUACUUGUACGCACAGCAAAUGCAAUUU